AUGGCAGCUUCCACUGCAUUAAUAGUGAAUUAUACUAGAAUACAGACAUUAACAUCAUAUUUCCAGCACUGUCGAUAAAAAUGGAUUAAUCCGAAAACAUUCAACCUGAGAAGCCCUUUUUGUCAGUCACUGGGAAGACAUGCUGCCACUGUGGUCUCAGGGACAGAAUUUGCUCGGCAGAUCCAUAAAGAAGUGCAGAGUGAUAUAGCGAAACUAGUGGCCCAAGGCAACAGGAGUCCUCAUCUGAGUGUCAUCCUAGUGGGCGAUGAUCAUGCCAGCCACACUUACGUGAGAAACAAACCCCGAGCAGCUUCACUGAUUGGCAUGUCAGUCAGCACAAUCUUCAAGCCAUCAUCGGUAUCUCAGGAAGAGAUGGUGGAACUGAUAGACAAAUUCAACAGAGACAGAAACAUCAGCAGGCUGCUGGUCCAACUCCCUCUUCCAGUCAGAGCACAUCAGCGAUGUAAUGCUGUCACCCCAGAAAAAGACUUCGAUGGAUUCCACAUAGUAAACAUUGGAAAACUCAGCUUGGACCAGAGGUGCAUGGUGCCAGCCACAGCAGUGGUGGUGUGGGAAAUCCUCAGAAGAAUGAGCAUUGAAACAGUUGGAAAAAAUUUGUUUGUCGUUGGGAGCUCCAAGAAUGUAGGAAUCGCAAUGCUGCUACAUUCGGAUAGAAACCAUGAACGGCCGGGAGGUGAUUCCACGGUUGUUAUUGCUCAUAGUUGCACUCCUCUACCACACUGAAAAAAACUUGCCAGUCUGGCUGACACAGCUUUUUGUGCAACAGGUGUACCUCACGUGAUAACGGCAGAUAGAGCUGCAGUUAUCGAUGUCGGCAUCAACCGCAUGCAGGACCCUGUCACUGCUAAACUUCCGCUUGUUGGAGAUGUGGACCUAUCAGCUGUGAAGGUCAAGGCUGGAUUCAUCACUCCUGUGCCUGGAGGAGUCGGCCCAAUGACCAUCGCCAUGGUAAUGAAAAACACAGUCACUUCUGCCAAAAAUGCUCCAACAUACUGAACAAAGACACAAAACCUGCCAUUAUGGGUGGACAAGAUACAAGCACUUCAUCCUGGAUACUUCAAUUGGCACUAUUUGUCCUUCUCUUAAUUAUAUACGCAAGCCCCUGCAAGCUUCCUCUACAACAUCCUUCCCUGCCUGUCGGCAAGCUCUAACAGGCCGUUCUAGCUGGCAAGGCAGCCAUGCAUGGCUAUGACAGUAACUACACCCUAAUUCUUUUCUUAAAAAUUAGAGAGAUGCCUCCUCAGUGAUUCUUAGUAACUGCUUGCUGUGCUAAAGUAUUAUUAUUUCGUCGGAGCCGAGAAAAAUAAGGUGCAAGUGUAACAUUACCUCCCUGACAAAGCAUGAUUGAAGCCGAAAGUCUGUUGCAUCAUCCUCACAGAGAGUUUCGGUACGACUUGCCUGGCCGCUCAACAGUUGGCCUCAUGGCAGGGUAACAGAUGGUUCUCAGAUAUCUGAGACAAACGAGACAUUAAUACAUUUUCUCAGGAAAUACUUUUAAAAGUGUAGUAUAAAUAAAAUAAAAAAAAACAAAAUGGCAAAAAAAAAAAAAAAAAACUUAAGGAUGCUGCUGUAUUUAAUAUUUAUU